AUGGCAACCUCCCCCAACACCACCACGCAAUACACCUCGGAGCAAUUCGUCGAAAGCAGUGGGGCCAUCUUAUUCGACCUAUCGAACAGCCAACGAAAAACGGUCUGCCUGAUUCAUUACCACGCGAAGAACGAAUGGCUUCUCGCAAAAGGACGCCGCAAUUGUGGUGAAUCCAGGCAGGAAGCUGCCCUGCGCGAAGUCCGCGAGGAAACUGGCUAUCAGGCUCACCUCUUCCCGGUCACAAUGCAGACCCGUGCCCCUCCAAUCGACGAACAGGGCCACCUGCCCGAUGUACCUCGCUCGUACCCGGAUUUAACAGAGCCGUUUAUGGUCACAAUGCGACAGUUGGGCAAGGAUGGCGUGCAUGAUGUUAAAAUCAUUUGGUGGUUUAUUGCUGCGCUGGAUGACGGGGUGGUUCCUGGGUGUGCUAGUCGUGGGGAGGAGCAGUUCACCCCGGAAUUCUUUCCCUUGGAGGAGGCUUUGGAGAAGCUGAGUUUUCAGAAUGAUCGCGAUGUUCUGAAGCAGGCGAUUUCAUUGGUACAACCCUAA